AUGCUGCAAACUAAUUUAACAACUUUGAUCAAUCAAGAUCAACCAAGAUCUCCAUCUUCCACAAACACCAACUUUGAACUUGAUUCAAGAUCCUCAACUCCUUUACAAUUAUUUUUUAGAAGACAACAACAAGUAGAUCAAUCUCAAAAUCAAACUACAUCUCAAUCACAAUUACAAUUACAAUCUCAACAAGAAGGAUCUUCAUCAUCAUCAUCAUCAUCAACAACGUUUAAGAAACAAAAAUUAAAAAAGAAAUUAAGAUGGACAGAAGAAACUAUCGAUAAUGAAAAUAUGCAUAAAAAAUCUUCAAAAAUAUGUUGUAUCUAUCAUCCAUCAGAUGAAGAUGUUUACAUGUAUGAAAAUGAUGAAUGUAUUAAUAAAUCUGAAUCUCAAACCACCGAAGAAUAUGAGUACGAAGAUUAUGACGACGAUGAUGAUUAUGAUGGAUCAUCAACCUUUUCCUCCAAUAGUGAUAUGAAUAUUGAUGAUUUAUCAGAAAGAACAUCAAUUGAAAGUCAACCCAAUGCUUAUGAAUAUCAACCAAUGUAUAAAAAUAAAUCAAAAUUAUCAAAUUUAAAUAGUUUCAUCUAA